AAGGUGAAUGGCGUUCUGGAGAGUCCCACAGGCACUGGUAAAACCCUGUGCCUACUGUGUGCCACCCUGGCCUGGAGAGAGCACUUCAAGGACACAGUCUCUGCCCGCAAAAUUGCAGAGAGGCUAGGUGGUGAGGUGAUGUUCCCAAACACGCCUCUGUCAUCCUGGGGGACGGCUGCUACAGACGGUGACACACCAACCUACUACACAGAUGUUCCCAAGAUCAUAUAUGCGUCCAGGACACACUCUCAGCUCGCACAAGUUAUCAAUGAGUUAAAGAACACUUCAUACAGGCCAAAGGUUUGUGUGCUGGGAUCAAGAGAGCAGCUGUGUAUCAACCAGGAAGUUAUGCGUCAGGAAAGCAACCACGCCAAGGUCCACAUGUGCAGAGGAAAAGUUUCCACCAGGUCAUGUGUCUACUAUAAUAAUGUUGAAGGUAAUGGUUUAACACAGAACCACAUACAGUACAUAUGA